AUGUCACGCUCCAGCAUGACUAGUGAAGGCCACGAGCGUCUCGAACCACGACUGCUGCGCUCCGUUGAGAAUGACGACGUUGAUGCUCUGCACAAGAUCAUCAGCCUAGCGCACGACUAUGGCCAAUUCUCCGACAAUUUCCUCCGUAUUGCGCUCAUGCGCAGCGCUGAGCGCAAUAGCAUCGCGACAACAGAGUACCUCCUGAAGAUCGGCGCCAAAAUCGAAGUGGAGGGCAACAGACUCUCUCCCCUUCUUCGCGCCGUGGAAAGAGAUCAUUUUCAAAUUGUGAAAUUGCUCCUAGACGCUGGCGCAUCGCCCGAUAGCGCGGAUAAAGAAGGGCGCACCGCGCUCAUGAUGGCAGCGUGGAAGAACCAUGUGGACAUCCUACAGCUUCUGAUCGUUCGCGGCAAUGUCAACGCCCGCGACCUGAGAAAAAGGAAUGUGCUACACAAUCUUGCCGCUGAUAAAACCUGUACUUGGGGAUGGGGCGACGAUGUUGUGAAGCUUUUACUGAGGACGAACAUCAAGAUCGAUGGUGUCGAAGGCCAGGAUGAGCUGGGUCGGACCCCGCUACACUGGUCAAGUAUGAGCGGUAAUGUCCGUUUCGCGGAGCUACUGCUUAGUAGGCCAGAUGGGGGCCCAAAGGCGGAGAUUGAUAGUACUGAGUUGCGAGGGAAAACUGCCUUGCACGUUGCCACUGCACACAACCGCGCAGAUAUGGUCAAAUUGCUCCUGAGUCAUGGGGCUGACGUUAAUCGGCCUAGUGAUGGUGGCUGGACACCUCUUCACUAUUCUUCUGACAGUGGACACGAAGAUAUCGUGGCAAUCUUGCUGCAAGCCGGCGCGCUUGUCAAUAACCAGCUCUUGAAUGGAACCACGCCUUUGCAUCACGCCGCUCAGGGAGGCCACACAAAAGUUGUAGAACUGUUAUUGGAAAGACCAGAGGUCAAAAGACAAAUCAGGGAUAACUUUGGAAGCACUCCAUUUCUACGCGCAGCACAGUUCAAGAGAAAGGACAUCGUUCUAAUGUUGAAUCCGGUCAACAAUGUUGAGGUGCUCUCCGAAGACGCCAAGCAAGCCGCUGCUGCCUUUGACAGCACAAUUGUCGAUUUUGGCGACUACCAUAACAAUAACCGAAUUACAAGGAUGUCGGUUUUCAACUUACUUUAUGGCCGAGACACUGUGAAUCCGCGCAAGCCAGCUAUGACAGUCUCUCCAGUUUCAGCAUUUAGGUGGAUCCAUCUGCCUGUGAAUGAACUAAGCUGGAUCGAAGCGCUGUUGACUAAAUUCUUUAUUGAAGGAGGAGCUCACGAUGUUGAGGGAUUCAAAAGUAUUGAGAAAUCUUUUACAUGGUCUCACAGAGGUCAAAAGACCCAUUCUCGAUAUAUGAGGCCUUUGUGUCAGGCUACUCCUAUCUUGAGAUAUCGAGAAGAGAAAAAGCCAGAGGAACCGAAAGGACUGAGCGGAAAAGCAGACCGGGGAGGUUCGACCGACGGAGGAAAUCAAGGUGCCUCGAAGAACAAGCAAAAUCAAAAGCGUGGCAAACCAGGGAGCAAUCCUGGGACCCCCAAAGCCGAACCAAAAGAAAAGUCUCCAUGGAAUUUAUGCAAGGAUCCCAAUGUCCUAGUCUCUACAUAUAACAUCAGUGUUUUUAUGCCAUACCUGCACUUCGAAUCCACGGAACGAAGAACCAAGAUGGAGGAAGCGAUAAGACGGACUGAAACACUGAGUUUUGAUGGUCAAAAUCUCAAGAGAACUCGCACACGAGACGAAAUGCUACUUGAUGCGCAUCUCUUGUCUUCUAACACUUCACUUCAUAUGCGCCGCACAUUGGAUCAAUUCUUUUAUCCCAAUAUUGACACACAGGGUCGGGACCAGGAUCAGGUCGUGUAUCGAUACCAAACCAAGGGCCCUGGGUGCGAAAGAACAGCAAACGACCCGAAGAUAUUCAUGGUCGAUCAAUUAUGGAUGUGGGUAACGGGAAAUCUCCUUGUGACCAGUUUCCCACAAAGAUGGGACCAACCAAAGAAUGACCCACUGAACGUCCUCGAGGGCAUCAUUGAGGAUAUAAAUUCUAAGACUCGCGAGCCUGUAAAAUCGGUCUACGAUCUGGCAACUCUCAUCACCAAUCGAUGCUCCGGUGUUUUUGACAGACAUCGAAUGGGUGACGAUCAGUAUCAAUUCAUGGACAUGUUUGAGUCUUCCAUUGGUAUAGCCACUGAUCGGGAGACGCUAUUGUUCAACCGUUUCAAUCAUGCCUCUGCUCAGGCAUCCAGCUGGAUAAAGAGCCAUAGAAGAAUGAACCAAUCUACCCGCGGCAAGACUGCCCAUGACGUCCCCGAGGAAGUGAAUCCUAAUAAUGAUAAUGAUUAUUCUGAUGGUGAUGGUUCACCGCUUUUCGUCGAUGAUCUUCUUGACAUUGGAGAGGAAACCGAUCUUCUAGCCGAAAUAAAAGACAUCAAGGACGAGCUUAACAUGAUUCGAACUGUGCUUGAGCAACAGAAGAAUGUCCUUGCUGACUUUCAAGAAGUGAUCUGCGACACCUAUCAAGGACAGAAUAAAUCGCAAUUGGAAGUUAAAAAAAGAUUCAAGGAUCAGCAGCGCAUGAUAGACAUGCAUUUGAAAGAUAUCGACCGCAUGGAUAAACAAGCUGAACGCAUCUACCACUCUAUUACCGAUUUACUUGAUCUCAAACAGAAACAUGCCAACGCCUUCGAAGCUCGUUUCGCUCGAGACCAAGCAGCUGGGACGAGUCGUCAAAGCAAGACAAUUAUGGUCUUUACCAUUGUGACUAUUGUCUUUCUGCCAUUAAGUUUCAUUUCUUCCAUUUUCACGAUUAAUUUGCAAGAAUUCGAUGGGUUGGAUCUCGCAUACGUGGCCAAGUAUACCUUUGGAGUUGGCUUUGCUAUUUCGAUUCCUCUUAUUCUCGUUGCACUAUCCGUGGAUGACAUUUCCGAUUUCUUCCGUGGCCGACGCUGGCUGUCCUUUUCUCACCGAGAUACAACCUCGAAUGAGUGUGUUGAUAAUAUGCCGUCAUUGGAGAUUGAAAAGAGGUUCAGUAUGGCCCGAUCCAGCAGGAGUCUUGAUUUGGGUUAUGGACCUAGCUUGUUACCUGUUUCGACUCAAGCCUCUAGAAGACCGGAAGGCCCGUAUGCGAAUGGAUUUGGCAAUAGUAUACGACGCAGCAUGGAUUAUAGGUCUGGAAGAUAG